GAGAACAGGGGGAACCAGGAGCAUCAGGCCUAAAAGGUUCAAAGGGGGAUCCAGGAGACAAAGGUGGUGAAGGCCCAACAGGAUCACAAGGGCUACCUGGGGAGAAGGGUGAACCGGGUACAACUGAAAUCAUAGACUACAAUGGAAACAUUCAAGAGGCUCUUCAGAAGAUAACUACUAUUACAGUUACGGGUCCCCCUGGACCUCCUGGGCCAGUUGGACCAAAGGGAAUGAAGGGUGAUCAGGGUGUUCCUGGACUUCCUGGACUGGAAGGAGAAAGGGGUCACAAAGGUUCUAAAGGUGAUAUGGGUAUCACUGGAAUAUCUGGAGAAAAGGGAUCAAUGGGUCUUCCUGGCUUACAGGGUGUGAAUGGUCUGAAAGGAGACAAAGGAGAUGCUGGCCUAUCUGGCCCUCAGGGACCCUCAAUUAUUGGUCCCCCUGGAGCACCUGGUCCACAUGGACCACCUGGACCCAUGGGUCCUCAUGGAUUCCCUGGCCCAAAGGGGGAACCAGGUUUGCCUGGUCUCAAGGGACUGCGAGGGGAGACUGGGUAUAAGGGUGACAGAGGACCCCUGGGUCUCCCUGGAGCUUCUGGCUUGGAUGGCAAGCUGGGACCCAGGGGUAUGGAUGGACCAAUCGGGGCUCCUGGUCCAGCAGGUCCGAAGGGAGAUGGAGGUGAGAAGGGUGAUGUUGGUGAUCCUGGACCCAGAGGGCCAUAUGGGUUACCUGGAGCUGCUGGAACACCUGGAGUGGAUGGGUUACCAGGCUUAAAGGGAGACAAGGGCGAUGUAGGGGAAAGAGGAGAAAAGGGUUUCCGGGGCUUUAAGGGUGAAAAGGGCGAGCCAGGUCAGCCUGGCCUGGAUGGGCUGGAUGCCCCGUGCCAAUUGGGUCCAGAUGGACUUCCAAUGCCAGGCUGUUGGCAGAAGUGAUCAGUCUAAUACAAAACGCAUGGAGUUUGUAAAUAAAGCUUCACAUUUUUGUAUUUAUACAUUUUUUUUAAAUUCCUGAAAUGAUUAAGU